ACCGAGGGAACCCGUGCGCCGCUAACUUCCGGGUUGGCCUACAAAAACGCGUCAUGCCUGGGGCACUCUAUUGCAGUAAAAUGUAGGCUAGUAAACCUUUGGUUAGUGUUAUCAGUAGGAUUGAUUCUAAAUUUUCUGUCUUUGCUUUUUUCAACACAGAUUUGUAUGUUAAUAUGUACUUGCUGUGUUGGUGGUGGGAGCUGUUUUAAAAUAAUGCAUUUGCACUACAAGGGAAGAUUAUGACUUAAUUUAGCUACUAUACCCACGGGGCGCCGCUGUUUACAAGCCAUUGAGACUUUGAAGAGUCAGAAGCACUUUUAACUGCUAUAGCUUUGUGUCUAUUGUACAGUUACAUGUAGGCUAUUUAUUUAGCGGGCGCUUUUAAGUGACUUACAAAAAAACAUAAUAUUUUAUCAUAUUAGCUAUAUACAAUCAAACCAGCCCCACCUCAUAGGCUACUCAGAAUAUAUAUAUUUUUUAUAAAUAUAAUAUAAAAAUAUAAAUCAAUAUGUGUGAAUGUGUAUACUUUUUUUUUUGCAUUAACUAUUAAAUUACUUGCAUAAUGCUACUGAACUGUUUUGUUUCAAUGUAUAUGAUUUAUUGCUGCAUGUAGCGAUAAAGCAUGGUCCUAUUUUUAUGUGGCUGUAACAUAAUUGGAUCUGAACUUAUCCACCCUUGAGACAACGAGAUUCAGGCGCUAAAUUGAAUCUGAAUCAGGACUGCAGAGGCACCUUUCGUCUCUGGAUGUCAUCCACCUAUCGCGGUGUUAUUCAUCAUAGCUAUAUCACAUUAUAGGCUUGUGAAUAAAAACUAAACACGUGCGCGCGCACCUACUGUCAUGUCAUGUUAUUGGCAUCGACUGCCGUGAUAAAUUGCUUUCAGGUGGAAAAACAGGAGCUAGAUAGUCAAGCAGGAAUAUCGAGAAGGGUUUUCGUCCCUGCCCUCUUUUCUCCCUCCCACACAGACACACGACCCUCUCCCUCCCACCCGCCCGUGUCUCCUUUCCAUCUACUCUCUUUCUACAACAAACAUGGCCGCGAAAUCAGACGGUACAGCCGUUUCUUUGCAGAAUGACAUUCCGCCGACGUGCCUCCCCGGGCUGGAGAAACGCUCGCCCCAGUGGCGUCCUGCCGGGAAGGAGUAUUCGCUCCUGGACUGUUGCUGGACCCUCUGCGCCCUCUUGGUCUUUUUCUCGGACGGGGCUUCAGACCUGUGGCUGGCUGCCGACUACUAUCUCAGGCGGGACUACUGGUGGUUCGCUCUGACACUCGUUUUUAUCAUCAUUCCGUCUGUGGUGGUGCAGGUGCUCAGCUUCCGAUGGUUCGCGUACGAUUACUCGGACGCCAACGGGAGCGGCACGGUUGCGGCUGCCAUGGUAGCGGCGUCCAAUGCGGAGAGCCACUUCAGCACCAAGGACAGCGAUCAGCGGGGCGCUGGCCGCUCCGCUGCGGUCACCGGAACCCGGAGCAGGGCUCAGAGCUGCUGCAGAGCCUGCGUGUGGCUCUUCCAAAGCGUCGUACACAUUCUUCAGCUGGCACAGGUCUGGAGGUAUGUCCAUGCCUUAUAUCUGGGCGUGCAAAGCCGCUGGCGUGGGGACCACGAGCACAAACACUUCUACUGGCGUACGAUGUUCGAGAACGCUGACAUCAGCAUGCUGAGGUUGCUGGAAACCUUCCUGAAGAGCGCACCUCAGCUCGUUCUGCAACUCAGCAUUAUGGUCCAGACUGGCCAGGUCCUCCCUUUGCAGGGUCUGUCUGCGUCAGCCUCUCUGGUGUCUCUGGCCUGGAUGAUGGCGUCUUAUCAGAAGGCAUUACGGGACUCUCGUGAUGACAAGCUUCCCAUGUCGUAUAAAGCAGUGGUGGUGCACAUGCUGUGGCACCUGUUCACAGUGGGAGCCCGCGCCAUGGCCUUCGCCCUCUUUGUUUCCAUCUUCCAGCUCUACUUCGGCAUUUUCAUCGUGGCCCACUGGUGCGCCAUGACCUUCUGGAUCAUCCAAGGUGAGACGGACUUCUGCAUGUCCAAGUGGGAGGAGAUCAUCUACAACAUGAUGGUGGGCAUCGUGUACAUAUUCUGCUGGUUCAGCGUCCGUGAGGGCCCCACUCGGUGCCGUCUGCUGCUCUACAGCCUCAUAGUGCUGGGCGAAAACGUGGCCCUCACUGCCGUGUGGUACAUAUACCGCAGCCCGCGCACUUCGGACUUUUACGCCGUGGUGGUGGUGUGUGUAGUGGCCUGUAGCUAUGCUCUGGGCACGUUUUUUAUGUUUGUCUACUACUGCCUGUUGCACCCUGACGGCCCUGUGUCUGGAACCUAUCUUGGAUGUUGUGGCGUCCAAGUGGGUGCUGUUUCAGAUCCUUGUAUCUCGUCGCCCACCUCCGUUCCUCCUCUGGACGCGGUGAGCAGCCCGCCACGGACUCUGCAGAGGACUAAAGGAGGAGAGUCAGUACAGAGAGAAGACAUUGGAGAAGUGUUUAAGAUGCGGACCCUUAAGGCCUCACGAACCGCCGCGCCUCGCCUCACACCAAGGACAGAGGGGCCGGUAAUUCGUAUCGACCUUCCCAGAAAGCAGUACCCAGCCUGGGACGCCCACUUCAUUGACCGCAGGCUACGAAAAACCAUUUUGGUUCUGGAAAGUGCUGCUCCGGUCACACCAAGGAUCCAGUACCGAUGUCUAGGCACACCCAAGGAAGUGAUGGAAUAUGAGACGACAGUCUGAAACAUUCUUACCUUCUAAAAAAAGAUGUAAUGUAUUAGCGUGCAAAAAAGUCCGUUCUCUUCAGCUUUAUUUGGUGGAUUUUGUCAGAUCUCCACAUGACCUCUUAUUGACUCUUGUCGUCUGUGGAGGAACAUUAUGCACUAGUGUCUAGAAAAGAGCCACCCAGUGGUGGCAUUAGACAUUACCACAGGUUAUUGGGUUAGGAGGCCAGGCAGGGGUUCAUUUCGAGCAAGUUUAUGAAAAAGCAGUGAGGCCACGGUAAAUGUAUCAUGAAUAAAACAACAUAUCAGUGUGGUACAUUAACAGCAAUGGUGCUUAAACACAUCCUAAACACAGUUUCAAACCAUUCUGGGUGUUUUUAAAUCUCUUGUGGCAGCUGCUGUAAAACACAAUUACUGAAUCCACUUGGUCACAGUUUGUUGGCUGUUGAGGUUGUAAUAGGUACAAGUACAACGUGUGAGUUGUCUCAUUAAAGGCCUUAAUCGACUUUCUUAUGUUUGGCUAUUCAGCAUCUCAAAGGUGCAUUUCACCCUUCUUCAGUGGCUAAUGUUUAAAACGUUGGUGAAUAUAUAUGAAAACAUUUGUCUGUAAAGAAAAAUGGAUGGGUUGAGCUUCUGAUAACAUCAUGAGGCAUUUUAUUAAGCACAGAAUUGUUGCCUUUAAGAAAAGUGAUCAUACUUUGCUUGCAACAAAGACCUUUUAUGAUUUAAAAAAGAAACUACAGAACAAUAAUCAAGGUCUCUUUCAGUGGACAUUUCUGCUCAAUUUUCAAGUGAAAAAUUGUCAUAGAUUUUUUACGUUCUCAAAGGACAUUUGUGUCAUGAUGGAAAUAAUGGGUCUGAUGCUGAAAAAUGGCUGAGUGCACCUUUAAAGAGAAUUGAAUGAAUGUUCAUCUCAAGGACAAAGAACCCUGAACAAGCUGGUUUAUAUGCCUGUAAUAUGAACAUAUGGUAAUUCCACAGUAUUUCAAACACGAUUAAGCUAACAAAGAUUUUGAGGUCAAAUUUUAAAGUACUUGUAUGACGUUUGAAGGGAAGGAAAUCAUAUAGCAUAUGCUUUAAAAUUGUUCUCUUUUUAUGGAUUAAUGAAAAGUUAUCAGCGUUAUGAUUAUGCCAUUUCAUGUCAUUUACAUAAUUUGGUGCAAUAAUACUCAUAUCUUUGAAUAGUGAAUUUGAACAUUUUGUAUGCCUAUGAACAAAUCCAUGCAGUAUCAGUCUCUUUAUCUCAUUUUAUUUAACAUUUAAAUUCAGUUAAUAACUUUUCAGUGGUUGUUUCUUACAUUUGGUCAUGAAUACAUAGAGCAGUGAACCUGAUGUGUACAAAAUUUUUUGCAUUGAUUGACUACUGGGCUUUUGAAUAGAGAGAUGAUGAAUAAUCUGUGGGUUUGUGCCGUUUACACUGAUAUCAUGGUAUUGCGAAGUCCAUUGUAACUACACACCUUGGCAUAGCCAUUACGUACGUCCAUAUGUGUUACCAUGUUGGUGCUAGCUGGAACACCUCAGCACAGGCUCUGUAUUUAUCAAUGUGGAUCAAUCUCGUUCACUCUGGUUAAUGCUGGAUUUGACCAUAGACACGCUGAAAGACGUUAAGCCUUACACUGCACCUGCAAGACUGUUGCUGUCAACUGUAAAAAGGAUGUUGAUCUUCAGCCAUGUGUUUUAUUUGGACAAUAAAGCAAGCAAAAUUGUGUUUACUGACCUGA